CCAGACAUGCACCCAUCGGAUCUCUUCGAUCUCCGCUACAACCGGGGCUGCAUCCCGGGCCACAACACGUAUCCUGGGUUCCGUUUUGUGGGCAAGCUCGAUCCGAACCAGAUGCUCCUUUUUGUCGCCGGCGAUACUAAUCCCGAGGGCGACCGCACCGGCUCCGCCGUCGUCUUCAACAGCAUCUUCCGCGAGCCCCCGACCAAGUUCUCGUCUCCGGACAUUACCAAGGCGGAUCAUGACGUGCUUGUGCAGCGGGCAGUGCUCCGCGCCGCCACCAAGGCGCUAGGUAUGGUCCGCUGGGGCGGAGAGGGCUUCCACAGCGUCGUCAUAGCCACUGAUAACGAGUACAUCGUCAAGAGCAUCUACGAGCGGAUGCCGGUGUGGCAGACGGACGGCUUCAAAGACGAGAACGGCGUCAAUAUCGAGAACAAGCACUUUUGGAAAAGGCUGCUGCGCGGAAUGAGGAAACAGGAGGAGCUCGGUGUUCAGGUCCAGUAUUGGUUGAUUCCAAAGGAGUGGAACGAAGCGGUCCUG